GAGGAUCUCCUGGAAUUACAGUUCCUCUCAAGAUUACAGCUCAGCCAUGGCCUCUGCAUCUCCACGCACGGUCCUGAUCACCGGCUGCUCCUCAGGCAUUGGCCUGCGCAUAGCUGUGCAACUGGCGCAGGAUCCAGGCAGGCGUUACCACGUCAUCGCCACCAUGCGUGACCUGCGCAAGAAGGACAAGUUGGAGGAAGCCGCAGGGGAUGCGCUCAAUAAGACCCUGACCAUCCAGCGCCUUGAUGUCUGCAGUGAUGAUUCUGUGGCUGAAUGCAUGAGCAAUCUUCCUGAGAAACGGCUGGAUGUUCUGGUGAAUAAUGCUGGUGUGGGCCUUGUCGGCCCCGUGGAGUCCACCUCUAUCGACGACAUGAAGCGCGUAUUCGAGGCCAACUUCUUUGGUGCCGUUCGCAUGAUCAAAGCUGUUCUCCCUGAAAUGAAGCAGCGUCAGAGUGGGCACAUCGUAGUGAUCAGCAGCGUCAUGGGUCUGCAAGGUAUUCCAUUCAACGAUGUCUACGCAGCCUCCAAGUUUGCCGUCGAAGGAUUCUGUGAGAGUCUAGCAGUACAGCUCCUCAAAUUCAAUAUCUUUAUCUCUCUGGUAGAGCCAGGGCCAGCGAACACAGAAUUUGAGAUGAAGCUGAUGGAGGAGGUGGCGCGCUCGGAAUACCCAGGAGUUGACCCUGCCACAGUGAAAUACUUCAAGGAGAUCUAUCUGCCUGCCUCACAUGAGAUAUUCACCACCCUGGGCCAAACUCCUGAAUCUGUGGCCAAGGCUGUCGUGAGGGUGAUUGGCAAGACACGCCCACCGUUCCGGAAGCAGACCAACACCCUGUACAAGCCCCUGGUGGCCCUGAAGUAUGCUGACUCCUCAGGGCAUCUAUCUGUGGGCACCUUUUACACCCUGCUCUUCCGUUUCCCUGGCCUUUUCCACUUCAGCAUGAAGAUGCUCAGAUGCCUCACGUGCAACUGCUUCCGGAGCCGGGUCGCACCUUCGUGAGAUACGGGAACUGAGGGGAGGUCCUAAAGUUAAGCCUUGCUCCUCCACGCCACCCUUGCUGUGCUGACUUUUGCGGAGAAGGCAAAGCAUUUGCUGCAGAUCCGGCUACCCCUGCUUGGGAGCAACAUGGCUCUGGUGACCAUCUUAGAUGAGAUAUGUGGGGCCCCAAAGACAAUGAGCCUUUUUAGUGAUGCAGACAGGGGGGUCCAAUUCUAUCCUGGGAUGACCAAACGGCAGCCCGUGAGCCACGUGGUUUGCAGCCGAGGAGGCUGGGGGUGGUGUGGAUUUUCCUGUCCCCAGCUCUGCAUGUCCUUGCCCCUGGCCACAAUGCCGUAUUUUGCUCCAGAGGCAGAGAAGCCAGAAGGGACGGCAAGAGCCUGAGCACAGGAAUAGGAGGCAGAAGUGCUCAAGGCUCCCUAGCAAAGCAUGGCAGCAUGGCCAGAAACAAGCGGGUGCACAGGGAGACACUCAGGUAGGUCAUUUUUAGCCGGUUUUCUGUGAUUAGGGUGGCAGGAGGGGAGAACUGAGUGCAGGCACCGGCUGAGCCAAUGUCUACCCGCAGCUGUCCGGGCUGUCCCGCCACCUCCUAAGUCCACUCAACAUUCCCAUCUGCCCACAAAAACUAAUAGGUGAGAGCGGAAAGUUCUUGUUACUUACUGAAUUCCAUUCAUAGGAAAGUAGAAAACCCUCUUACUUGUUCUUUACUCUUUACACAAUGCAGAAAUAUCUGCCAAAGUUUUGGUGAGUGAGGUAAACAGCUGAAAAAUAGAACUUUGGGAGAUAUGAUUCUGGGAAUGUGUGUUAAUCUCCCUCACUCCUCCAUGUUUUAUUGGUGGCACAUAAGUUUACAUGGAACAUCAAUACAGUUGUCUAGAUGUGGGUUGGGAUGUUGAUUUCCUUCCUUGCUAUUAUCUAACCUGAAUAGUGAGGAAGUGGGGUAGGGGAAAUUAAAUUUAAAAUCCAUUUGUUAAGAUCAAUCAUGUUAAUAAAAUUACA